UACUCAUUAGCCCAGUUCAUAUCCAUUGCAAGCCAUAUUUGUUACUGCGUUGGUUUGCGUGAUGUGAGGUGUUCGUGUAUUUGAACCAUGGAAAUUACGGGAGGUAUCGGCAUGAUUUUGCGCAUCCUGGUAGUGCACUUGCUCGUGAAGGGAUCACAAAGCUAUGGACAGUCGUCUUCCACAUUGCACAUAGCAGCAGAUGUGAGUUCACUUACUCACACUUUCUACGCCGACAGCAACAACGCAAAAGCUCACCUGAAUAGCCCCAGUCAUGUUGUUUCACGGACGAGACGGUCAGCGAUGACGGCACCUACCCUGAAUACUACGGGAAUGCUCUCAACGUUUGCACUGAACUCAAGUGCGCAGCAACUGAAAGUGCACUGGGUUGGUGCUGGUAGCCCUGUGGUGGUUUGCCUAGCAAAGGACGUUGUACAGAUAAAGAAUGGAACCACCAUGGUGUAUGUUUCUAAUGACUACGGUACAACCUUCAAAGAAAUCCAAGCCAAGCACAUGCGGCUGAAGGACGGGUCACCUUCCGAGAUUAGCACGUUUUAUAUUAGUUCAGUGCUGAACUCUCAUUGGGUCUUCGCGGACGUGACACACAAGUACAUCUUCACAUCUCGGGACAUGGGCCGGACUUUUGAUGUCUAUUCCAUGGAGUUUUCUCCAACCCUCAUUGUGAUGCAUCCUACAAAUGUUGAACUAAUGCUCGCAAUGGACAAAAAUGACCGUUUGAACAGGCUCUGGCUUUCUGAGGACUUUGGUGUAAGCUGGGUGGAGAUUCAGCGAGAAGUAAAGUCAUUUUUUUGGGGUGAACCUGAAAUCGACCCUGAGAGUAAGCUUUACGUUGGACGGAGUUGGAUAGGUGGGACAAUGACGGUUUUUUCUUCAUCAAACUUGUUCAAGAGUGGCUACCCAGAAGUGCUGAUUAGUGGCGUAGAAGAUUUUGAAGUCAAGGAAAAGUACAUAUUUGCAUCCAAGCGGCAGCACCUGUUGGGCUCAAAAGAGAAGAAUGGAACGUUGAUGCUGUGGGUUUCGUAUGACAGAGGAGAAUUUAGACGAGCCUUAUUUCCAAAUCACCUGGAACACAAUGACUACUUUAUUGCGGAAGCAUCGGAAGACCAACUGUUUGCAUGUGUAAAACAUGGCAAUUACAGCAACCUGUACAUAUCGGACUACAAAGGACAUCGUUUUUCGCUCUCUUUAGAAAGAAUUCUCUAUUUCAAAUCCCCAAGGAAAGAUGCUGAGUUGGACUUGCAUCGAGUCAAAGGGGUACGUGGUGUAUACAUUGCAACGCAAGUUCGUCCUGCAUCUGGAGCUGAUGAGCAUCCAUUUGGGAUGCACGACGACCUAGUCUCGUUGAUAACUUUUGAUAAAGGUGGAUCGUGGCAGCCUAUAAAACCCCCUCCGUACCAUCAUGAUGGAUCUCCAGUAAAGUGUGAGCUGAAUGCUGGAUGUUCACUGCACCUGACGCAAAAGUUCAGCAUCAUGUACUCUGGUUCAAGAAGUAUGCCUAUCUUGUCAGAGGAAUCAGGAGCAGGCCUCGUGUUGGCAAUGGGCGUCAUCGGGACAUCCUUGAAGGGUCGUCCAAGUCUCUAUGUUUCUCAUGAUGCGGGUGUAACUUGGAGAGAAGCCUUAUAUGGAAACUACUUGUACUCGUUCGCUGACUUUGGUGGUGUGAUUGUCGCCACAGAAUUUUAUGCUGCUGGAGGAGAGACAGCAACCAUAAAGUAUUCCCUUGACAUGGGAGAGCAGUGGUCGGAAAUUUCAAUGCCGAACAACCAACCGAUUCGGGUGUAUGGGCUGCUGACUGAGCCAGGGGAAAAGACUGCCGUAUUUACACUCUUUGGAUCGAAGCCUAAUGUGCACGAGUGGCUUCUAAUAAAGGUUGACAUGCGCAAUGCCUUUCAGUACGAGUGCACUGCUGACGACUACAAGUCCUGGUCACCUAAGGGCAACAAUGGAGCUUGUCUUCUCGGACGCAGGGAAGAAUUUGAAGUUCGGAUUCCACACUCUCGCUGCUACAAUGGUCGAGACUACAAACGUCCUAAGACAGUUCACAACUGUCCUUGUACACGUGCAGACUAUGAGUGUGAUUUUGGCUUUAUGGAAGACCCGCAGGAACAACACUGUAUUCGAGAUCCUGACAGCGACAUUGAUCCCCACAAGGUCCCCAGUGACUGCUCUGAAGGGAAAUUUUACAACCACAGCAAAGGUUACCGCAAAGUUUCCGGUAACACCUGUGAGGGUGGAGACCAUCUCAAGUAUGAUGUUGAAGUCAUAUCUUGUCCCCGAAAGACUGAUACAGAGUUCCUUAUUCUUGGAAAUCAUAGCUUACUCAACAGAGUAUUGCUCAGCAAGCCUGCACAAAAAGACUGGGAACCAUUGCUCAACGCUGAUGUUGCUUGCGACAGUGGCGCUAAAAACAUUAUCACCUUUGAUUAUGACUAUCACAAAGACUGCAUAUAUUGGGUUUGUGGUGAUGACGUCGCAAAGAUUAAUAAACGAUGCCUGAGCUCUGAAGGGGAGACAGAAACUACGGAUCUGACAGAUCAUGGAGCAGUGAAAUAUUUGGCUGUCGACUGGAUUUCCGGAUAUGUCUACGUCCUGCAUGAAAACUCUAGCAGGGUGGGCGUAGUCAUGCAGUCAUCCAAGUCACGUUGGUACUACAGGACUAUCUUCAGCCAUGAGCAGGGGGUUGUCCCACUGAGUAUUGCUCUGCACCCUGGGAGAGGGUACAUCUUCCAGACAUCAAGAACGGGCAUUUCAAGAUCUCAUCUUGAUGGUUCAGAAUUUAAGGUCUUAAUGGAGACCUUAGGCUUGACCAUCUCAAUCACAGUGGACUUUCAUGGCGAUCGUAUUUUCUGGGCCUCUCCCUUCGAGCAUAGCAUUAUGUCUGCUGACUUUGAUGGGAAGAAUGUCAAGACUGUAAUUGACGGGGCUGCAGUACUGCCUUUUCCAUACACGGUAGCCGUGUACAAGGAAUGGAUCUAUAUUGUAGAUGCAAUUCGUCAUGAGCUGCUUUCAGCAAGCAAGCAUGAUGGUUCUGGCUUGCACGUGUUGGCAAGGCCACUUUACUCUCGCACGGGGGCUAAGGUUUACAGUUCGAGCCUCCAACAAGGAUGGAAUGCUUGCAGUCGUGAUGGCAAUAACAAUUGCAGCCACUUUUGCUUUGCUCGCGGAAGUGAUGAAUACAGGUGUCUUUGCCCCUCUGGAGAGUCAACCAAGUUGGUUCCUGGCUAUGGAGAAAAGUGCCUCUGUGAGAAUGGAGAAGAAAUGCACAAAGACGAAGACUGCCGAGGGGCCACUGCAGCACCAGCUCCAACAUGUCUGCCAAACCAGUUCAAGUGUGAUGACAAUAGCUGCAUUUCCCUGCGCUGGAAGUGUGACAGAGAUGCUGACUGUGACGAUGGGAGUGAUGAAGUGGGUUGUGUCAAUGUUACCUGCCCACCUAACCAGUUCCUGUGUGGAAAUGACAGAUGCAUACCAGACCACUGGCGAUGUGACUCGGAGGAUGACUGUGGUGACAACUCUGAUGAAGAAAAUUGUGGACAGCCUUCAAUACGAUGUGGAGCAUCAAGGUUUCAGUGCAAGAGCAUUGAUCACCGAUGUGUGCCUAUGACUUGGGUUUGUGACGGCGAAGUGGACUGUCUAGAUGGCAGUGAUGAAGCGGAAUGCAGUGCUACAAAUGUCACUUGCCCAUCCUGGAAAUUUCGGUGCAAGAACGGGCGUGCCUGCAUCUUUCGUAUGUUUCUCUGCGAUGGAUCACCUGAUUGCGGUGACAGCAGUGACGAGGCAAACUGCACAACUGUGGCACCGCCUACUACAAGUACAACUACUACAACCACACCAAAACCAACAUCAUGUGCUAGUUGGAUGUUCCACUGCCCUAUUGGAAGGUGCAUCCCAUUCUGGUGGCGCUGUGAUGGAGCUGAAGACUGCUCUGAUGGUUCUGAUGAGCAGGGAUGCUUUCAUACGGUGAACACGACGACACCUGCUGUGCAGAACUCAAGUACUUUACCGAGCACAUGCUCUGAAGAACAGUUCAUGUGUAACACAGGAAAAUGCAUAUGGAACGCAUGGCUUUGUGACGGAGAACCUGACUGCAAAGACGGGGAGGACGAAAAAUAUUGCCCUGGGUCCAGCGCUUGCACUCCAGACCAGUUCCAUUGCUUCAGAACCUUAGGCUGCAUUCCCAAAGAUCAAGUGUGCAAUGGCAAAGCUGAUUGUGUUGAUGGAAGUGAUGAGUGGGGCUGUACGACGCCGAGUUCACGAUUGACACCCUGCCCUGCAAACGAGCUGCCUUGUUAUCAGGGCAAUGAGUGUUUUUCUCUUCACCAGAAGUGUGAUGGUACGCCUGAUUGUGCUGACGCUAGCGAUGAAAUGGAUUGUCGCACAGAGCAUCAUAUUGUCAGGGGCCUCCAGCUUGACAACAAACAUGUGACACAGACAACUAUCAGACUCACCUGGCAACCACCAGGUGGCAAUACAAGCUUUGAGUACCUGCCAACGAUACAAACUAUGAGCACAGGCAUGUGGCAUAAUGAAACGUGGACGCCGAAGCUGAGCUACACAUUUGGCAACAUGACACCUGGAGUACAUUAUCGCAUGGGUGUCUAUGUACGCAUACACGGAAAUGCUACGCUGGUUUUCAGACCGGAGAAAUACAUCGUUGCCUCCACUCUGAGUGCCGCACCGUCCCCACCACAUGACGUGCAAGUCAAGCAGGUUCUGAAUAAGAAAGUUGAAGUCACGUGGAUGGCGCCAAAGUCACCAAAUGGAGCAAUAAGGUCUUAUAGGGUCUACUUCAGGCCACCUGAACCUGAGCCUUUUAUGUGGAGCACAGAUGGCAAUUCAACCUCUGCUGUGCUCGAUUUUUCUUUUGAGCCUGGUGUCAACUAUACCUUCUGGGUAACAGCUAUAGCUCAGGACCAGCUGGAGAGCUUACGCUCUGAAACUACAUCACUAGUCUUUGCAAAGAAUGAUGUACUUCCCGUUGUUGACCACCUUCGUGUAACUGGUGUGGGUAACACUACUGCAAACGUCACGUGGGAUAGAGUGACAUCUCCAGUUGUGGAUGGCUACAGGGUGAUGUGGAGUACAAAUGUUGGUGACCUACAUCCACUGCCAUGGGACAGUGUCAACACCAACAUGAAUUACAUAAACCUGACGUCCCUGUCCCCCGGCACAAAAUGCUCCGUUAAAGUGUUUGCUUUUAAGGACAAUUUUCAUGGUCCCGAAGAAAAGGUGGACUUUGUCACCAAAGGUCAACCACUUCCUGCACCAGAAGGCGUGAUAUUUUCUGUGAAUGGCUCGCGUGUAUCACUGCACUGGAGGCCCGUAUCUACGCACCAAAGUGGCACUGCUUGGGUAUAUGGAGUCUAUAAAGUUGACUCCCAUUCACCUCCAGUAUCUGUGGGAAACACAACUGCAUCAGUGUACACUGUGGAGAACGGCUUGGAAGCGUGCGAAGUAUACGUAUUCCAAGUUCGUGUUGUGGCACCCUUGGGAGUUGGUCCUGCUUCCGUCCCUCAGUCAGUGAUGACGGAGUACAGUGCGCAGGCACCACCGAGAGAUGUCCAAGUAAAAACGGCGCGGUAUCGUGACGACGGACAUGUCAUCGUCACUUGGAAGGCGUCCUGCUUUGUCAUUGACCGUGCUGUGGGAUACAUGGUGUAUAUCCGUGACAACAGGACAGGUGUAGAGGAUCUUCACUCAGUGCCGACGACUAACAACACACUUCUCUCAAUGUCUCUGGCGGAACUUCACCCGGGAGCGACGUACGUGCUCCAGAUUUGUACGAGUGUCCCCAAUGCUCGUCUGAGCGCACCAACAUUGUUUGUGGUGCCUGCCUUGGCAGCUCCCAGGCAGCUAGCUGUGGUGCCAGAACGCAAUGGCAGCCUCUACAUCCACUGGAAGGCACCGCAGCUGCCCCCUAGCAUGAAGGAUGAUAAGAUUGUACAUGUAGUAUACAUAUCAAACUAUAAAGACUUGAAGGACGCAAAGCAAUACAACGUGUCACAACCGCCGCUUAUAAUCUCGAGCCUUCCAAGCGGGAAGGUGUACCACAUUGCUGUCAGCAUGAUUGAUGAGCACGGCUUCGAAAGCUUACGGUCAGACACAGUAGAGGUUGGCAUCUUAGCAGAGCGUCUGUCUGUCAGUACAGGCAGUAUGGCAGGCGUUGUGGCAGGUGCCGUGUUCAUCAUCAUUACCCUGGCAGCUGUUGUAGCAUUUUUGGUGGUGAGACACCGUCGUCUGCAACGAAGUUUUGUAUCCUUUGCGAACACUCACUACGACACUCGCUCCGGAGCCACAACGUUCACCACCGCCUCUGAGGUGCACGAAAUGGACGAAGAGGAGGAAGAUGAACCAGUCAUCCGCGGGUUCUCAGACGACGAACCUCUGGUCAUUGCGUGAUCCUAGAUGCUGGUCUGAGUGAAUCUCCAGUCUGCUAUGGUAGAGCCCGCAUUUGUAGUCUGCUCAGUGUGAUCAGUGUGGAAGUCCUUGGAAGCCAGAAACUAUAGCUCCUCUGUGCACAGUCACGGUGUCUGCUUAGUGCCUUGUCGUACCACGUGUGGGCCGGUGAACUGGCCGGUGUCAUACCACUGCUCUGUCUUCUAGGUGUUCAAAGGGGCAUGUCUAGAAUUUCUCGCACUGCAGAUAUGCACAAUGUUUGCUACUUAAAUUUUUCAAAUAUUCUCAAAGUGGUGGUAGAAAGUGAUGCAACACCCAUUUUUAAGCUUGUGGCUUAAACACUGGUUGGGCAGUCUUAGAAAUACAUUUCCAUCUUAAGCCGGAACAGUAGGGGUAGAUAACAGUAGAUAAACAGGAAGGGGUGGAACAGGUAGUGAUAUCCAUCUCUUCUUGUUCAUUCAUCCGGUCAUUCGGUCUUCUCUGACAUGGUGGGCAAUGUGUGUCGCUGACUAGCCUAUGUAUUGCUCUUCACGAAAGGCUCGUUUACUUUUGGUUUUUGCUGCACGGUGGUAUUACUUUUGCAUUGUCUUAUUACCAGUGUCACAUGAUCAGUGUAAUGUGAGCAGCCAGUGUUAAGCUUUCAUUGAGCCGCUUGGAAUAUAAUCCCAUCUUGCACUGCUUGAGGAGCUUUGAAGAGGAGCAAAGUAUUUUUACUUGACAAUCGAUUUUGUAAGGACAGGUAAAAGGGAGAACAGACAGCUGUAGGCUUCCAGGAGCCUCUGUACUGAUUACACAGAACUCCCGAGUGAGCCCCCGCUUAUGCAGAUGAGCAUACACACACAUUUAUGCCUCGUAGGCACAGCCACUCGUACACAGACUUCAUUUAGCUCAGUCGUGCACAGAAGGAAGUAUUCCUAUUACCUGCAACCAUUAAAUGGUGCACUGUUAAAAUGCAUGCACUUACAUAUUGCUCAUGUACGUUGGAUGUUAUCACAACGCUCCUACGUUAGUACCCUAGGGAUAAGGACCUUAAUAGCUGUAGGUAAUUUGAGGUUUGCAUUUGUGCUCGUAUCUGUUUUACUGUUGAAUAUGAUGUUCGACACCAAAGAGUAAGCACUGCUGUUGUGGGGCACUGAUGAUUUAUAUUUCGAACUGAAGAUCUUGUUAUUGCUUUUAUAUUUUAUGUCAUUGUAGUAUUCUAGAUACCCUCUACAUUGUGUCUUUCUAUUGCCAAUUCUUUAUGCAACCCUGCAAGCAUCACAGAAAGGCUGAGUUUUGCAUCUCAUCUGUGGGUGGUGAUGCAAUGUGUUAGCAUGAGAGACAAGGACUAAAUGCAUUUUUCGGUAAGAUCCCUCGUGCAUGGUAGGACAACUUCCUUGGAAUAAUACAGUGCCUACUAGACAUCUCUCUUCAACACUGUUUAAUGAAAUACGAGGAUACUAGUUAGCAAAUUAUCUGCGUAGUGAAAAAUAAUUGCUGCGCGACUGCUCAUCAACACCUUGGAGUGUAUUGCAUUUGUCUCGCGUUGUGACAGCUGAAGUUCCACUUUAGUUCUCACACGUCUUGAGGGUUAGUGAUCCAUUUUCUCCCUUCCAUUCAUUUUUAAAGAAUGGUCCUUGUGGACUUGAUCUGCUUAUCAUUAUGUGUUCCAUUAUCUGUAAAACGUCACUGUAAGAUGCUACUGGUAAGAUGUGCAGCAUAAUCAUGUAAGGAUCUGAUCUUGAGAUCUGGAAACCUGUUGCUUUAUAAACUUUCUCUCCUUUGUUAUGCCGAGAUAACCUUAAAUUGAGGAUGCUGUUGCAACCGUUUUUUUGGAAAAUCGGUAUGUUUCUUUUAGAUCGAAUAUAUUGGUCAAUACAUCGUAAGAUGGGCUGUCUGCAUGUCCUAGUUACAGCUCCUGUACUUUUGGUGUUACUUUUUAAUGUUUGUUAUGUUACUUUUGUGCAAUAGCCAAAAAUUUUCUUUCUUUAAACAGGGAAAAUAUACAGUUUUAGCCUUCUGAGUGAACAAAAUUUGUUUCUCAGCAAAGCUAUAUAAAAGAAUUCAGAAGGGUAUUGCCUCAGCACUUGAUGUCCGUUAGGGCUAUUUGUGUGUGCAGAUGUGCAAGUUUAAGUGUCUAGUGGAGAGUACAAAGUACAGUAUAGCUUUAUUCAUAUACCCUUUAUUUGCAUUGCAAUGUGUCAGUCUGUUGCUCAUGAUGUUCUGUGAAAGUUGUUUCGUGGUAGUAUCCAUUCUGCGAGUCAACAUAUUAAAUGGCUAUAUUGCUAUUUUUAUAAUUUCUUUUGUAUGUUGUGACCAUGUAUAGCUAAUGAAAGUCUGAUCCUAAAGUGUUCCCCCGCUCCUGAGUCACUUUUGCGUUUAACAUAGGAUGUGCUGUGAAUCCUAGGUGUGACUGGAUCUACAAGCAAGCAUUCCUGUCAGAUGGUCGCAGUGUUCUCAUGAUAUGUGUUCAGUGAAAACUGUUAUAAUUUUCUUUGAAGUGGUAAAUAGCAUAUAAAUGACACAGCCACCCCACUAUUGGAAAGGAAAAAUCGGCGUUUUGUACUAAAUUACUAUACUGUAAAAAGUCAUCAGGCGACCUCUCUAUUACUAAAUGCAUUUCAUGCAUGGUUUUUUUCCCGAUAAUCUUGUCCAUAUUUGGCCAUAUUUCCUCUCGGUUGUAGUGCUUUUUCGCAUUUUUUUGUUAAUGAUGCUUUUUACCACUUUGCUGGGUUAGUGCAGUGUUAGGUAGGUCAGGUCUUGCUUGGCUUGCUUAUUUUCAAGAUCAUUCAUUUUAGUCUUGAGUGGUUUUCUUUGAGGAAAAAGAAUCUGUGAUACCUAUUGUGUCUGCAAAUUCUAACAGAGGAAAACAUUGCAUUUUAAUGAAUGCAUGCCAUGUAUGUACAACAUUUGUGGAGUACAGUGGGUUUUAAUAAAAGAUAUCCACAUAA